AUGGGAGGUCUCGUGAUAAUUGUGACGGCUCUGGUGGCGGCGUUGGCGUCUUUCGCAGAUGCAGCGACUCUGCACACGAGAGAAGCGGUGAAACCUGGACUAGUCUCAUGCGCGCACGCAACCGGCCCGAUCCCAAAUCCACAAGACUGUGGUAGCUUCCUGCAGUGUGAACCAUCAGGCAGGAUAGUGACCCGGCAGUGCCCGGCGGGUCUGGAGUUCAAUGCAUGGCGGCGUGUGUGCGACUACCCGGAGAGGGCUCGCUGCUCCACCGGCGGCUGGCGUCCACGACCACCACCACCUGCACAGGAUGAGCAGACUACCGCGGAAGACGACAGUCCCGCAGUAGAGGAACCAGUUACCCCUCCAGCCGACGCCCCCGAGUGUCCAACCGUGGAGAAUCCCGAAGAAGCUGUUCAGCUGCCCAAUCCGAAGGACUGCGGCAGCUUCUACAAGUGUGACGCGGCUGGAGUGGCCUGGCUGAAUGCCUGCCCUGCUGGUCUUGAGUACAACGCGAGGCUCAGAGUUUGCGAUUACCCAGAGAAUGCUGGUUGCUCUCGGCCGGGCCCCGUUGAAGAGCCUGCCGAAGAACCGGCCGAGGACGCUGCUGAACCAGCAGAAGAAGAGAACGCUGAAGAAGAAGCCGGUGAAGCCGAUCAAGCAGAGAGUCCUGCAGCCGAUGCCCCCAAGUGUCCAGCUAUCGCGAAUCCCAAGGAAGCUAUCCAGCUUGUCAACCCUAGCGACUGCGGCAGCUUCUACAAGUGCGACGAGAACGGAGUUGCCUGGCUGAUACCGUGUCCUGCUGGUCUUCACUACAACGCAAAGCUGAGGGUGUGCGACUACGCUGCGAAUGCCGGCUGCUCGUGUUCUCCUGACUUUGAGCUGCGUGCUCACUUCGCUGUGCUGAUACUGAUUUCGGAGUGCACCGAGGCGGGAGAGCCGUUCCGCGUGCCUGGAAACUGCGCCAGCUUCCUGCAGUGCAUAGGUAAGGGGGUAGCGGCGCUUAGGCGCUGCCCCGCCGGUCUCGAGUUCGACGCGGAGAACAAAGUGUGCGACUACCCGAUGUUCGCCGGCUGCUCUUCCUCCAAGUGA